GAGCGGUUGUGCCGCAUUCCUCAAGAGUCAGUUGAGCAUUGGACGUCCUCGUUAGCGGUUGCCUGUGGUGUUCUGUGCGGACGAGUCAAGCCGCUCAAGAACCAGCCACCAUCUCUUUGAGCCACGGAUGCCUUUUAACUCAAGUGCAAUUAUGCUUUAAACUGUGACAGUGAACAACAACUAAAAAACCGUAAUACCCACCCAGAAUAUUAGAACUACUCGAUUAAUAAUUGUUCAGUAAACCAUUGCAAAUUAGUGUUGCAAUUAGUACGUAAAGCAAGCCCAACCCCAGUUCGUAAUCCCAGCGCUCACGAUGAAGCGCAACAGGCGGAGUCUCAGCGAAGGCUCCACCGCAGCGCGCCUCCUGCUCGCCGGAGCGCUCCUCUGCAGCUGCCUGGCGACCGCACUUGGCGCACAGCGCCAGCCCAUUACCUCCGCCGGCGGACACGAGCUGCGCGGCACCACAUUCAUGCCGGCGCUGGAGUGCUACGAUCCCUAUGGCCGACCUCAGAAAUGCUUGCCCGAGUUUAUCAAUGCUGCCUACCAGCUGCAAAUUGAAGCGACAAAUACCUGCGGUGAACAGGGCGAUACUUACUUCUGCAUGCAGACAAUGAAUCCGAAUCUGAAGAACUGUGCAUUCUGCAGAUAUGAAGAUCAUAAUCCCUCGUUCCUGACGGACUUGCACGAUCCUCAGAAUCCCACCUGGUGGCAAUCGGAGACCAUGCUAGAGGGCAUCCAGCAUCCCAAUCAUGUGAACUUGACGCUGCAUUUGCGUAAAUCCUAUGAUAUAACCUACGUACGCAUCCUCUUCCGUUCGCCGCGUCCCGAGUCCUUUACGAUCUACAAGCGCACCACGGAGAACGGCCCCUGGAUACCCUACCAGUUCUACAGUGCCGUCUGUCGGGACACCUACGGUCUGCCCGACUCGCGUGCCAUUCGCAAGGGCGAGGGCGAGGCUCACGCCCUCUGCACCGGCGAGUACAGCGACAUCUCGCCGCUGCGCGACGGUGAAAUCGCCUUCUCCACGCUCGAGGGCCGUCCCAGUGGCAUCAACUUCGAGCGCAGUCAGGAGCUGCAGGAAUGGGUCACAGCCACUGACAUUCGCAUCACUCUGGAUCGCCUGAAUACCUUUGGUGACGAGCUCUUCGGCGACGCUCAAGUGCUGCAGUCCUACUUCUAUGCCAUCAGCGACAUUGCCGUGGGUGCGCGCUGCAAGUGCAACGGACACGCCAGCAAGUGCGUGGCCAGCACCGGAAUGCAUGGCGAGCGCACGCUGGUCUGCGAGUGCCGCCACAACACGGAUGGACCCGACUGCGAUCGCUGUCUGCCGCUCUACAAUGACGUCAAAUGGAAGAGGGCAACCUCAACGGAAGUGAACGAGUGCAAAGCUUGCAACUGCAACAACUUUGCGGACAAGUGCUACUUCGAUGCCAAUCUGUUCAAUCUGACGGGGCAUGGUGGCCAUUGCCUGGACUGCCGCGACAAUCGCGAUGGGCCCAACUGCGAGCGCUGCAAGGAGAACUUCUAUAUGCGCGACAACGCCUACUGCGUCAACUGUGCCUGCGAUCCCGUCGGCUCCCGUUCGCUGCAGUGCAACAGCCAGGGCAAGUGCCAGUGCAAGCCCGGCGUGACGGGCGACAAGUGCGACCGCUGCGCGAACAACUUCUUCCAGUUUGGCCCCCAUGGCUGCCAGCCCUGUGGCUGCGAUCCCCAUGGCUCCCACGACAAUACGCCCGCCUGUGAUGCCGAGACUGGCAUUUGCUUCUGCAAGGAGAACGUCGAGGGCAGACGCUGCAAUGAAUGCAAACCGGGCUUCUUCAAUCUGGAUAAGAACAAUCGCUUUGGCUGCACGCCCUGCUUCUGCUAUGGCCACACCUCCGAGUGUCAGACGGCGCCUGGCUACUCCAUUGUCUCGGUCACCUCCAACUUCAACAAGCACAAGGAGCGCUGGACUGCAAUCGAUCUGAAUCGCCGCGACGUGGACAUCAAAUACAAUCAGUACAGUCGCAGCAUUGGCACCACAGCUCAGGGCAAUGAAUACGUCUACUUCCAGGCGCCCGAUCGCUUCCUGGGCGAUCAGCGCGCCUCCUACAAUCGCGAUCUGAAGUUCAAGUUGCAGCUGGUGGGUCAAGUGGCGCCCAGCAGCAGUGCCAGCGACGUUAUCUUGGAGGGCGCUGGCAGUAAAAUCUCGCUGCCCAUCUUUGCCCAGGGCAACGGCAUUCCGGACCAGGGCGUCCGGGAGUACACGUUCCGUCUGCACGAGCAUCACGACUACCAGUGGCAGCCCAGCCAGUCGGCGCGUGGCUUCCUCUCCAUACUAUCCAAUCUGACGGCCAUCAAAAUCCGUGCCACCUAUUCCGUGCAGGGUGAGGCCAAUCUGGACGAUGUGGAGCUACAGACGGCGCAUAGAGGCGCAGCCGGACAGCCGGCCACCUGGAUCGAGCAGUGCACCUGUCCCGAGGGCUAUCUGGGCCAGUUCUGUGAGUCGUGUGCGCCCCGCUAUCGCCACAGUCCGGCACGUGGGGGACCCUUCAUGCCGUGCAUACCGUGCGACUGCCAUGGCCAUGCGGACAUCUGUGACUCAGAGACGGGCAGCUGCAUCUGUCAGCACAACACCCAGGGCGAUAACUGCGAUCAGUGCGCCAAGGGCUACUAUGGCAACGCCUUGGGCGGCACGCCUACCGACUGCAAGCGUUGCCCCUGCCCCAACGAUGGCGCCUGCAUGCAAAUCAACGGCGACACGGUCAUCUGCACAGAAUGCCCAGUGGGCUACUUUGGCUCCCGCUGCGAGCAGUGCAGCGAUGGCUUCUAUGGAGAUCCGACCGGUCUGCUGGGCGAAGUGCGCACCUGCAAGAGCUGCGAUUGCAACGGCAACGUCGAUCCCAAUGCUGUGGGCAACUGCAAUCGCACCACCGGCGAGUGCUUGAAGUGUAUCCAUAACACAGCUGGCGAGAACUGCGACCAGUGCUUGCCCGGACACUUUGGUGAUCCGCUGGCCCUGCCCCACGGCAAGUGCGAUCGCUGCAGCUGCUAUGCCGCCGGCACCGAGCAGGACGAGCAGAGCAUCUCGCGCUGCGAUCAGGUCACGGGCCAGUGCCAGUGCAAGCCGAAUGUGAUUGGCCGGGACUGUGGUGAGUGUCAGCCUGGCUACUUCAAUAUACGUUCCGGCAAUGGCUGCGAGAACUGUCUGUGCGAUCCCGUGGGCAGCUACAACUCCACCUGCGACAGGUAUACGGGCCAGUGCCACUGCAAGCCGGGCGUGGUUGGCUUGCGCUGUGAUCAGUGCGAGAACUUCUUCUUUGGCUUCUCCGUGGACGGCUGCAAGCCAUGUGAGUGCGACGAGAGCGGCUCCAAGGGCUUCCAGUGCGAUCAGAAUGGCCAAUGUCCAUGUAAUGACAAUGUGGAGGGACGUCGCUGUGAUCGUUGCAAGGAGAACAAGUACGAUCGCCAACGCGGCUGUGUUGCAUGCCCCGAUUGUUAUAACCUCGUGCAAGAAGCAGCCGAUCUGCAUCGCACCAAGCUGGCCAACUUGAGCUCAACGCUGGACGAGAUUGCCCGGACGCCAGUGACAAACGAUGAGGAGUUCGAGGGCAAGCUGAAGGCCGUGCAGGAGAAGGUGGCCAUAUUGGCUCAGGAUGCGCGCUCCGGCUCUAGCGACGGCGGCCAGACCUACGUUGAGGUCAUUAACGAUCUACACAAGCGAUUGGACAGCAUGCACAGCCACUUGGUCAGCGCCGAUGAGCUGCAGAAGGAUGCCAAUGCGGAAAUCGAGAAGGCACGCAGCAACUACACACAGUUACGCCAGAUCAUCGAUGAUGCUAAAAAGGAGCUGCAAGACGCACUGGAUCUGCUCAACGAUGAGGGCGAACAGGCCCUGGCCAAGGCAAAGAACAAGUCCAAGGAGUUUGGCGAGCAAUCGAAACAGAUAUCAGACAUUUCACGCGAGGCACGCGCUCUGGCCGACCGCCUCGAGUCGGAGGCGAAGUACGAUCUAACGAAUGCCAAGGAUGCCAUGGAUGCUGUAGAGAAGGCCAAUCAGCUGGCCAAGAAUGCCAUCGAUCUGCAGCAAAAGGUUGGUGUUGAGCUGCGCUCCGAAGUGCGUCUCGAGCUGAAUCAGGUGAAGCAGUCUCUUGGCGCCGUCACCCAAACCUCCAAGGAAGCACUACGCAAGGCCAACGAGGUGUACGAUGCGGCUCUCACGCUGCUCAACGAUGUCAACGGUCAAACGCAGCCCAACAUUGACAUCAACCAGCUGAAGAGGGACGCAGUAGCUGCGAAUGAGAAUGCAGAUAAUCUGCUCCAGCAGAUCAACGAAAUGUCCAACAGCAAUGGUGAGGUCUUCUCUAACUUCGAAGUUGAACGCGAUUUCUCUCAAGUCCUACUCGAACGCGCCGAAGCCCAGAAGAAGGACGACAUUGAGCUAUUGCGCCGCGCCAAGGCUGCCUUCGAGCGAGCCAACAAGGCGGUGGAGCAGGGCGACAGUACGCUCAAGGAGGCCAACAAGACCUACAACACGCUUGCGGGCUUCCAGUCGGAUGUGCAGAAAUCAUCGGAGAAGGCUACCUUGGCAUUGGAAAAGGUGCCCAGCAUCAAGAAGGAAAUCGAGAACGCUGACAAUCUAAUACAGCAGGCGGGCAAUGCUCUGCAAGGCGCCAAUAAGAACGCUACCGAGGCCAAGAACAAUGCACAAGAGGCCCAGGAGAAGUAUGCGGAGCAAGCCUCAAAGGAUGCUGAGCUGAUACGUCGCAAAGCCAAUGAGACAAAGGUCUCUGCCCGCAAGCUGCGCGCCGAGGCUGACGAGUUGAACCAUCGCGUGACGCUGACGCAAAGAGACAUCUCCCAGCUGGAAGAAAACUCAACCGAAGAUGAUAAUCUUGUGGACGAUGCCAAGCGCAAGGUGGGUCAGGCCAAGGCAGACAUGCAGGACGCCAAGAAGCAAAUUGAAAAGGCCAAUAGUGAGUUGUCAGCGAUCAAGGAUGAGUUGGAGAACUUGAAAGAUAUCAAUACAUCGGAUUUGGACAAACUGGAGAAUCGGCUCACUGAGGUGGAGGGUAACAUCAUUCGGGUUAAUCUAACUGGACGUAUCGAGAAGUACCGGGAACAGCGGAGCAUACAAAAGAAAUUAAUCGACAAAUACGAAGCUGAUUUGAAAGAAUUAUCCGGAGAAGUGGAUAAUAUACGUUUAAUAUCUGAAGCACUGCCAAGUAAUUGCUUUAGACGCAACCGUCUAGAGCCCUAGACAUAUAGACCCUAACUAAGUGCACUACCAACUACCAACUACUUCAAUUAACAUCUAAGUACGAGGCGAGGACGAACAAAUGCGGAAUUAUCCGUACACGUAGCCGUUGAAUGAAAUUAUGUAAUUUUAGUCUUUUAGCUGAAAUAUUUUGUUUAGUAAAAGAAAGAAACAAAAGAGCCAACGAUAAACAAGAAACGAGCAACAGAAAAUGCAAAACAUUUAGCUUUACAAAGCAUCGUUCGAUUUAUUAUUAUCGGUGUAACAUGAUGCCAAUAUUGAAACAAAUUUCCUAAACUGCCAAUUGUGCUUUCGAUUCAAGCCAGCCAUGGACGACUGUAUUAUACUAUACUAUAUAUUGAAAACUGUGCCGUGUACCAAAACUUUCAAACAAUAUUGCAUUUCUAUAUCUUUCCUCCCCUUUUAUGGCUAUGCCACAUUGCAAUCUAUUCUAUAUAUAUAUAUUAACAUACAUUUGUCAUCUACGUUUAAUGUGCCAAUUACAAUAUUUUCUACUGUGCUUAAGUCGCCUUAUGAAUUUCACCUUAAAAUAAAAUUUUCCAACGUUGUAAUUUUUUGUAUAAAGUA